UUUGGACUGCUGCUCGCGCUUGGGAGGGGUGUUGUUGUGUGUCUGCCACAUUCAGCGGCCAAGGUCGACACAAACUACCACUUCCACUGAGAAUCCGGCUUUUAUUUCCUGAAAAACUAACCCUAGAAGACACAUACCGAGAACGAGACCAAGCGAAUGAUAUAGACAGCAGCUGGAGUUGGUCCUCCACAUAAGGUUUGCUGGAAUGGGUAACCUGCUAAAAGUCCUAACAAGAGAAAUAGAGAACUAUCCCCACUUUUUCCUGGACUUCGAAAAUGCCCAGCCGACAGAAGCAGAGCUUGAGGUGUGGGACCAGGUAGACUCAGUGCUGCAGGAGUCUGAGAGCAUCCUGUCAGGGCUGCAGUCGUACAAAGGGGCCGGACAGGAGAUCAGAGAUGCCAUUCAAAACCCCAGUGACCUCAUGCACCAGGAGCGAGCCUGGAACUCUGUGUGUCCACUUGUCAUCAAACUCAAGACAUUCUACUGUUUUUCUGUACGACUAGAGAAGGCGCUGUACAGCCUACUGACCUGCCUCACCUGUCCGCCCUACACACCCACACAGCAUCUGGAGAAGGAGCAGGCUCUGGCCAAACAGUUCGCAGAAAUCCUUCACUUCACGCUCAGAUUUGAUGAACUCAAGAUGAGAAUUCCUGCCAUUCAGAACGACUUCAGUUACUACAGAAGAACCAUCAGUCGAAACAGGAUAAACAACAUGAACCUGGACAUUGAAAGUGAAGUGAACAAUGAGAUGGCCAAUCGGAUGUCUCUGUUCUACGCUGAGGCCACGCCUAUGCUCAAAACACUCAGCAACGCCACCACCAACUUUGUCACAGAGAACAAAACGCUUCCUCUGGAGAACACAACAGACUGCCUCAGCACAAUGGCCAGUGUCUGUAAGGUCAUGUUGGAGACACCUGAAUACUCGUCCCGGUUCAGCAGUGAGGACACACUCCUGUUCUGUAUGAGGGUCAUGGUGGGGGUCAUAAUUCUCUAUGAUCACGUCCAUCCCAACGGAGCAUUCAACAAGCUCUCAAAGAUUGACAUGAAAGGCUGUAUAAAAGUCCUGAAGGAGCAGCCCAUAGACAACGUAGAAGGCCUUCUCAAUGCCCUCAAGUUCACCACAAAGCACCUGAACGACGAGUCCACUCCCAAAAACAUCCGGGCCAUGCUCCAGUAGUGUUGGCCUUUUCUGCUUUUUUACUGUCUGUAAAUGGAUUUGAAGAGGAUUCGUGAGACCUCAGUAUGAUGUAUAUGUUUACAUUAUUUAAAGAUGUUAAUAUGUGUGGAUCAGUCAUUCCCUCCAACUUCUUCACUCUCUUUGGACUUUUUGAAAAAACAAACCUGAAGGGCCUCUUACGGUUGAACUGUUGAAGCACAAAUGAUGGACACCAGUCAGCCUUAUGCUACCAGUGUAUAAAACCCCCUGUAGUCACUGGGCAUAUUAUUAGGUACACCUCUUAUAAUCUAUUUACUGAUAUCAAAUUAAUGUGGCACUUACAAUUGAGUAGCCCUUUUUGGCAAAUAGAUCUGAUUUAGUCUGAUUAUGUUUAAGGACUGUUUAGCCCUGAAUUUAGGCCUAAUUAAAAUGCAAUAUGUAACUUUUCUUGUGGAGAUUUUAGCACUCGCUUGUCUCCAUGGAAUGACAUUGAAUUUGUUUAUUUCUGCAUUUAUUCAAAAGCUGUUUUUACAACAUGAAAAACAUGAUUUUUUUUUACUGUGAGCAGGCUCGCAUCUCCACAGAUCUGAUCUGUAACUUGCUAAACCUUCCAUACAAAACUUGUGGGCAUGCAUGUUUUUUGCUUUGCUGGUAUUUGCAUUUACAAUUAUUGGACCAGGUGUACCCAAUAAUAUAUCUAACUUGAAUCAUUAAUGAAAUACUUCUGCCUUAGAUCUCCUCAGUGUGAUUUUAUACAGUAUUCUCAUUUGAUGCAUAAAAAUAUGUGCUAAAAUAUAUAUUGGUUGCAGUAAAGGGCUAUAAUGUUUAAAACACAUUAUGGAUUUAUGGUUAUGACUUUUUAUUGUUCAGCAAUCAACCCCCAUCCACUGUGAACACAGAGCUUUGAAUGAAGAGGUGAAUGAUGAGUUUAUAUUUCUCUAUACAGUUUUAUUUAAUCGUACAUUGCUCUGAUUGGUUGGUUGUGUUAUGUUUUAAGUAGCUUUCUAAACCUGUCCAUUUUUGUAUCAAAUGUUCUCUAAAAAACAACCAAAAAUAUUCCAAAUAAAUUACUUUUUAACAGUGAA